AUGCCGAGCUUCGGCCUCUGUCCGAGUCAGUGCCGGCGCGCGGCCUUUGCUGCCGCUCGCGCAAACUCGACGGCCACCUCACUUUGUGCCGUUCUCGACGCCAUGAGUGCCAACUUUCGUGAACAGGGCAUAGCCAUUGUGAAGCGGGCAGUAGAGAUGGAUCAUGCCGAGCGCUAUGCGGAGGCGUAUUCGUUGUACACGCGGGCGCUCGAGUACUUUACCACCUAUCUCAAGUACGAAAAGUCGCCGUCGAUGCGGGAUGCUGUCCGUGGCAAGGUCAUCGAGUACCUGGAGCGUGCGGAGCAGCUGAAGACACAUCUGGAUGACGAGGGCAGAGCAGGUGUGGCGGUCGCAGGUGGCGGAGAGAGCAGCGGAGAUGCUGGCGGCAGUGGUGCGACGGGCGCGUCGUCGUCGGCGGGGCCGGCAGCGUGCAGCGGCGUAUCCCGGCGGCGGAGCCGCGACGAGCUGCUCGAGUAUUUGGGUGGCGAGACGCUGGCAAACGUGUUGCAUCGGCGGGUGGUGGGCCAGGACACAGCGGUUGACGGGGUGGCUCGCGGCAUCAUGCGGUACUACGAGGGCUGGCGGAUGGGCGAAUCGCCUAUGGUGUUUCUGUUUGUGGGCCCGUCGGGGGUGGGCAAGACCGAGCUAGCCAAGGCGAUUGCCGAGGCUUGUCUCGGCGACGCCUCGGCGGUACUGCGGGUCGACAUGGGCGAGUAUCAGGAGCGGCACUCGGUUGCCAAGCUGCUUGGCGCACCGUCGGGUUAUGUCGGCAGCUCGGAAGGCACGUAUUUUGCAGAGGAGUUGCGGGCGAAUCCGGCGACAGUGGUGCUCCUCGACGAGGUGGAGAAGGCGCACCCAGACGUUCUGACCGUCAUGCUCUCUGUCUUUGACGAGGGCCGGUUCACGCCGUCAAAGGGCGGGACGGUGUACGCGUCGGACGCGAUCUUCAUCAUGACGUCCAACCUCGGCGCCGACGUCAUCACGGGCAUGGCCGACGGCUCGCCGAGCCUCGCGACGUACAACAGGGCACUCGAGCCGAUUCUCAAGGCGCACUUUAAGCGCGACGAGUUUCUGGGACGCAUCGACGACAUUCUGCCGUUUGAGCCGUUUACGCCGCAGGACCUGGCAUCGGUCAUCAACCUCUUCCUCGCCAAGUGGGUCCACCUCGCCGCAAGCCGGCACGGGCUGGACCUCACGUUUGACGCUGCGGUGGUAGAUGCGGUGAUGGCGCAGUACAAUCCCAAGUACGGGGUGCGGUCGGUCAAGCACAUCAUCGAGCGCGAGGUCGGCAACACGCUCGCCGACGCCUCGAGCGCAGGCCUCCUUACCCGUGGGGUGGCGGCGCAGGUGACGGUGGGCGACGCAGGCAACCUGGUGGUUGAACUCAUCGACACACCGCGCCGCGAGUCGGGCAGCGAGCCGGUGAGCCAGAGCGCGGCGGCGAUUCUUGCUGUGUAGCGACCGACGAGGAAGCUACAGGGCAAGGAUGUCGUCCGAGGUGGCGACGAUGGAGAACAUGGCGUCCGAGACCCGGGCCUGCGGGAGGGCGCGGACAACGGCAAGCUGCAGAAAAGUGACGAGGGUAGCAGCCAUGUAGUAGAUGCCGACCGAGACCGGAUCGGUCACCCACAUGUUCGAGGGGACCAUGUCAAAGGCCAGACCCAUGGCGAAGAAGAACGAGAUGAUAAAGACCAUGCGGGUGUA